CUCACAUGACAAAUCGGUGACGCAGUUGGACCGAGAUUUUCAGAGCAAAUUCACUUGCAAAAUCCCUCCUUUUUAAUUACUUGCCCAUAUUCCUCCUCUCUCUCUCUCUCUCCUCCAUUUGACUGUCUCUGUAUAUUUACCACCAUUACCAAACACCAACCUUGAAAGCUUCUCAAUAGCCCGUCAAGAGUUGGACUUUGGUUGAUCGUUCGUUAAUCCUUUCUGGGGGAGAAUAUUUUUCUUUUCUUUUAAUUUCCGCCCCUUCAAGGUCGUCUCUUCCUCCAGCUGUCCUUUCUAGCUGGGUGUCGUGUGAUCCCAUUGAAAAAGGACCAUUCUUGAGCUGUAAAGGGAGUCUUGUUGAUUGGUUGUCCCCCAAGAAAACCCUUCUUGAUCUCUCCCUCAGAGAAGAUGAUGAUUUGUUCGUUGAGAUCGCAGUCCGUGAGACCGCUUCAUGGGUCUGAGUUUGUUUCCGGGAGUAAAUCCUUAAUUCCCACGAAAAGAUCCUCCCUCUUGCCCCCCUUGCCGGCGAGGAAGAUCAGCCGACAGCUCACGCUCUCGCUGUCGAGACCCUUGCACAUCUCCUCGGUCGAAUCGUUCGGAUCAUCAGGCACCAGUGCCCGGAAGGACGACGGUCUGAUCAAAUGCGAGGCCUACGAGGCGGACCGGUCGGAGGCGGCGGCUUCGGCGGCGGGAUCGGACGUCGCCAAGAGGGUGAAGAUUGGGAUUUACUUCGCCACCUGGUGGGCUCUGAAUGUGGUGUUCAAUAUCUACAACAAGAAGGUGUUGAAUGCCUAUCCCUAUCCCUGGUUGACCUCCACACUGUCUUUGGCUACUGGUUCUCUUAUGAUGUUGAUCUCCUGGGCUACACGAAUCGCUGAGACCCCGAAGACCGACUUCGAGUUCUGGAAGACCCUCUUUCCGGUUGCUGUUGCGCAUACAAUUGGACAUGUAGCAGCAACUGUGAGUAUGUCAAAGGUUGCAGUUUCAUUCACACACAUCAUCAAGAGUGGUGAGCCUGCCUUUAGUGUGUUGGUGUCGAGGUUCCUCUUGGGUGAGACAUUCCCGGCCUCCGUCUACUUGUCACUCGUACCAAUUAUUGGUGGCUGUGCCCUCGCUGCUGUUACUGAGCUCAACUUUAACAUGAUUGGUUUCAUGGGAGCUAUGAUAUCGAACCUUGCCUUUGUGUUCCGCAACAUAUUCUCGAAGAGGGGCAUGAAGGGAAAAUCAGUUAGCGGGAUGAACUACUACGCUUGCCUCUCUAUGUUGUCUCUCGUAAUUCUCACUCCAUUUGCAAUUGCUGUGGAGGGACCACAGAUGUGGGCUGCUGGAUUUCAGAAGGCCCUGUCUGAUAUUGGACCCCAGAUUGUCUGGUGGAUGGCGGCACAGAGUGUGUUCUACCACCUGUACAACCAAGUCUCCUACAUGUCGUUGGACGAGAUCUCCCCGUUGACCUUCAGUAUCGGGAAUACGAUGAAGCGGAUAUCAGUCAUUGUCUCCUCGAUCAUCAUCUUCCACACCCCUGUCCAGCCCGUCAAUGCCCUUGGAGCUGCCAUCGCUGUCCUUGGCACCUUCUUGUAUUCCCAGGCAAAGCAGUAAGGAGGGGACCUGCAAUGUUUGUUGACAUUGGACCUGCAUGGAAGAAGGAGAUAUCGAUAUGGGCAAAAUUUGUUGACAGUACUUUCUUGUAUAGUAAAGUAGUGGAAUAAGUCUUCAAAGAGAAAAUACCACAGGUUUUGCUCUUUCUAGUUUUGCUUAGUAUGAGAAGUGAGGCAAAUUUCUAAAUAAUUCAGAGACAGUGGCAAAUUUCUAAAUUUGUCUUUUGGUCUGAAGAGGAAGAGGAAGAAGAAAAGAGAAAGAGGGAGCAUAAUGAUAAAUUGGACCCUUUUGGAUUAUUAUAUAUUUAUAUCAUGCCACUUUUGACCCAAAAAA